AUGGCCCAGAAAGAACAAGAUCCUUCCAAGUCGGACACGACAGUCGGCUCGGGAGAGCACGCAGCAUCAACCACUGACGCUCGCGACGAGAAUCCGGCCGACAGAGACUUGGAGGCAGCCAGAGCACCACCUCCUGACAAUGCCGAGAAGGAGCCAACGGAUCCGGAUCUCGUCAUCUGGGACGGGCCGCAAGACGCCGCGAACCCGAAGAACUGGACAACAAAGAAAAAAUGGGCCACCACGAUCCUCGUCUCGACAUUCACCUUCAUCUCUCCAGUCUCUUCGUCCAUGGUAUCGCCGGCACUGGAAACGCUAGGCAAAGAUCUUGGCAUGAAAAGCGACAUCGAAGUGGAGAUGGCCCUCUCCAUCUUCGUCCUCGGGUAUGCCAUUGGGCCGCUGUUCUUCGGGCCCGUCUCCGAGCUGUUCGGCCGCGCCCGCGUGCUGCAGUUGAGCAACCUCUUCUACCUGGCGUGGAAUCUCGGGUGUGGAUUCGCGCAGAAUAGAGCCGAGAUGUUCGUGUUUCGGUUUCUUGCUGGCAUCGGCGGAAGCGCGCCACUCUCAGUUGGGGGAGGAGCUUUGAGUGACUGCUGGGCGCCGGAACAGCGCGGCAAGGCCGUGGGCAUCUACAGUCUCGCACCGCUGCUUGGGCCGGUCGUCGGGCCAAUAGCCGGUGGCUUCAUUGCGCAGAACACGACGUGGCGCUGGGUCUUCUACGCAACCAGCAUUGCGGCCGGCGUCGUUUCGGGCGCCGGUCUGAUCUGGCUGAGCGAGACGCACGCGCCCACCAUCUUGAAGAGGAAGCGGGACCGGCUGGUCAAGGAAACGGGGAAUAACAAGCUGCACACUGGCACCAGCAGCUCGGACAAGAGCCUCGUCGGCGCGCUCGGCGACGCCUUGCUGCGCCCCUCGCGCAUGCUUGCCACCCAGCCCAUCGUGCAGCUCGUCGCUCUGUACAUGGCGUACCUGUUCGGGCUGACAUACCUCAUCACGGUGACGUUCCCGGUCGUGUGGAGUGAAGUGUACGGGGAGAGUCUGGGUAUCGGCGGGCUGAACUUCAUCUCGCUGGGCGUGGGCAGCAUUCUGGGCGUGCAGGUGAACCUCCGCUUCGUCGACCGCAUCUACCGCCGCCUGAAAGAGAAGAACGACGGCGUGGGCCUGCCCGAGUUCCGCGUCCCGUCCAUGUUCGUCGGCUCCGCGUUCAUCCCCGUCGGCCUUUUCUGGUACGGCUGGAGUGUGCAAGGCCAUGUUCACUGGAUCAUGCCGAACAUCGGCAUCGCUAUCUUUGCGGCCGGCACCAUCGUCUGCUUGCAGAGCAUGCAAGGCUAUGUUAUUGACAGCUAUACGCGCUUUGCCGCCAGUGGCCUUGCUGCUGUCGUUGUCCUUCGUAGCCUGGCGGGAUUUGGGUUUCCCCUCUUCGCUCCGUACUUGUACGAGCGCCUGGAUUACGGGUGGGGCUCCAGCGUCUUGGCUUUCAUUAGCAUCGCUAUUGGCGUCCCGGCUCCGUUCGUCUUCUACCUUUUUGGUGCGAAGCUUCGCGCCAUGUCGAAAUAUGCUGCUGGGUAA